UCAGGGGCAGCUCACAAGGGAUGAAGUCUGUGUGCGGCAACUAGCGAACGGUCGGAGUGUUCUCCUGAUAUCUGAACUACCCGGUGCAAUGUCGUAAACAGUGAAACACUACAGCGGGAACCCAAGAUCUCUUCUGUGUCGGAUGGGAGGUGUGACGCGGAGCUGGCGGUGGCUGGUUGCCCGGGUGAUGCGUGUGCUGCUGCGCUGGACUCGGCUCUGCUGCGGAGUGAGGGGGCGUGGCCAUGUAGCUCACAGGCUCCGCCUGCUGUGGCGUUAUUGGCGGCUGCUGCUGAAGUCGCUCUACUACAACUCGCUCUGCAACUCGGACACGGUGCUGGACGCUGUCUUCGAGCCCAUCUACUGGCUGGUGGACAACCUCACCCGCUGGUUUGGAGUGGUGUUUGUGUGUCUGGUGGUGGCACUGACCAGUUCUGUGGUGCUGAUCGUGUACGCUUGUGUGCUGCCUCUGAUCCUGGAGACGUACGCUCCUCACUGGGUGCUCUGGCACCUCUGCUACGGACACUGGAACCUGCUGAUGGUCACCUUCCACUACUACAAGGCCACCAGCACCUCCCCUGGACAUCCCCCACAGGAGAGGAGAGAUGUACCAACUGUGACCAUGUGUAAGAAGUGCAUCAUCCCAAAGCCAGCACGCACUCACCACUGCAGUAUCUGCAACAGAUGCAUCCUGAAGAUGGAUCACCACUGUCCGUGGCUGAAUAACUGUGUCGGACAUUUCAACCAUCGCCACUUCUUCUGCUUCUGUCUGUACAUGACCAUGGGGUGUGUGUACUGCAGCAUCAGCUCCCUGGACAUGUUUAUAGACGCAUACAAUGCUGUGGAGAGCUCCUACCAGACUCCUGCUCCUCCCUACACCUUCAGUGAGAGACUCCACCACAAGAGCAUCAUCUACCUCUGGGUCCUCACCAGCUCGGUGGCGUUGGCUCUGGGUGGGCUGACGCUGUGGCACUCUGUGAUGACCCUGCGCGGAGAGACGAGUGUGGAGCGCCACAUCAACCGCAAGGAGGCCAAACGCCUCCAACAGCUGGGCAAGGUGUUCAGAAACCCAUACUACUUUGGACGAGUCAACAACUUCAAAAUCCUGUUUGGAGUGGAGAAGAGGAGCCACUGGGUCACCCGUGUCCUGUUGCCCUCCUCCCACCCCCCCCUCGGAGAUGGCCUCAUAUGGGAUGCCCCCAGAGGACUGACCCCAUGGCCAUCUGACCCCCCACCCCCCUCAUGGACACACACCAGCGUCGCCCCCUAGAGGAGCUCUGGAGCACUGCAGCAGGCUGACGCUGAGCACUGGACGCUGCUGGGAGCUGAGCUCGGAUCCAAAAUGGAGCUCGUCGCACUGCAGCAGGACCGGCGCACAAAACCCUCUUUGGGGACAACUGAUGGAUUUCUACUUUCUACUAACGAACAGCGUGUGAUUCAGUGUACGUGUUUUUCGUGUGUGUGUGUUGUAGAUGUGCCGAGUUGUGAGACAUUCUUGGUGCCAAAGACAUCUUGUGCAGCGCUGACGCUGUGCUGAGGGCAGCCGCCAUCUUGGCUCAACUCCCACCUGCGGAACUGCAUCUGGUCAGCACAGGGCCUCCAGUUUCUCUCAACUCCCACCUGCGGAACUGCAUCUGGUCAGCACAGGGCCUCCAUCUCGGCUCAAUCUGCACUGCUCCAUAACAAAGCAACUGAUGGCAGGACGGACUGACCCAGGUUCUGCUCCAAGAUGGACGGGCCAUUUCAGCUUCUUCUCCAAGUCAUCAGUGAACAAACAGCGUCUUGUCCGGUCACCACAGAUCCAAUAUGGAGGGUCUGGAGAUAACGAACUAACUGGGUGUGUUGUUCUCAGCGUGUGUGUGUGUGUGUGUGUGUGCGUGCGUGCGUGCGAGUGAUCAGUGUGUGUCAGUUCUCAGCAGAUGUGUUUGUGUGAUAAAAGCAAAAGCAAAAGCCACCAGCAUCAGUCAAGACUGCUUGCAGAAAACCUCUUAACGAACAUGUGACAUCAGUCUGAAGCUAACCAAUGGAAAGAUUGGUUCUCCUUGAGAGGCGGAGUCAUUGAGGAACAGGGUGGGUGUGGUCUUCUUGACUGACAUUCUUAAGAUGAGCGUACGGAGGGCCAGUUCUCUCACAGUGUUACAUUUAAUUAAAUAUCAAUUAAUCAGAACCACUAAUUAGUCCAACUAGCCUGCCAACGGAACCCGGCCCAGAUCCCAUAGCAACAGUUCAUGCGCAUGGGAACGUCGUCACCAUCGUCACCUCAUGUGGGAAUAAGAGGUGCGUUCAUGCGCAUGGGAACGUCGUCACGUUGUAGUUGGUUUGUAGUCCUUGUGGACUUUGAUAUUCAACCGUUUUAAUGUGAACUUGGGAAUUUGCCGUUUUUAUCACUUGAAAGCUGCAUAUCCUUCUCUCCCAAACGUCUUACACCAUAUUUUAAUCAAAUACAGUUGUUUAUUUCAGAUUAGUGAAUAUGUUUUACCUUUGUUGUGGCAUCCGUGUUGGUUACGAUUGUGACGGCAAAGCACAUGCACACUCGCGUGGGGGAAAACCAGUGUGAUCACGGGGCGGUCCCUCAUACUCCCAAACGGAACCCGUGGGGAUGAUACUGGCACCGUGGACACAGAGGUUGCCAUGACUACAAGACCGAUAGGAGCGAUGCUCCAUCCUGACUGUUUAAAACUAUUUGUAUAAUUUUUUUUUUUUUCUCCUUUAUUUUUGUGAAUGUUUCUGAAAUACACAGUUUAACACAACAGAAAACACA